AUGCCUACUAGAGAUGGCGAGGACUCUGGCUUCGCAGCUUUGCCACUCCGGCUUCGCAAGCGCAUUGAUCAGAUUUUCGAUACAGCCUCCUCUUCUCAUGACGAUUCUGCUAGCGCAAGGUCCCGAAAUGAUUCUCCUGAGGAUGUGCAACCUGGAGGAUUCCUUAUGCCAGAUGAGCAGCCGGGUGGCUUUCUACUGGAUACAGACAGCCUAGGUGGCUUUACGUCCGACAAUACGGGAGCUGGGGGUCUCAUUUCGGAAGAUAUUGCUGCAGGUGGUUCCCUUCAUGAGGAGCAGAUACAGCGCAAUCAAAUCCCACUGUCUCUCAUUCCCACCGCACUGCAGCUGCUUGACCUUCCGCCUGAUGACGCAGACAUUCUCUCCGUCUUCAAAAAUGCUGCCUCUGGGUGGACAGACACUGUGCCUAGAGCGUCAAAAUCAGCCGACGCUGACUACGAGCAGUUCGUCUCUCGCAAAGAUUGGCGAGCCGUCUGUGCCGCACUAUUGGACACCGGUUUGGACUCGCCCACUGACUCCGAACAUGAAGAUGCCGCUGACACCUUAGACACCGACAACGAUGUCUCAGAAGACGAGUACAUGGCCAGCAGUCCGGAGGAUUCCGAUGAUGACAUGGGAGGAUCUGACGACGAGUAUGUUGAGGGCGGAUUCAUUCCCACCAAGACGACGACGAAGACCAAAGCUGCAGCCCAACAGACCGGCCGCAGGAGUUCUCGGAAGACCUCCAAGGCCGUGUCAUCAAUAGACUCCGAAGAAGAAGCGCUUGAUCCCCGCCGUCCUCAUCCCCUCACAGAGCGCCAGAAGCAGGAAUGCCGUCGGACGUUCAGUCUCUUCUUCCCGGAUAUCAAGGAUGCCGACUUGGAUAAACGGCGGAUCAUGAUCAAAGAUAUCACGCGUGUGGCCAAGUUGCUCAAGGAGAAGAUCACAGCGGAGGAGACCGUGGAGAUGCUGGAGGCCUUUUCGAGCUCGUCGGACAAGUCGAUGAGCCUGCCGGACUUCGAACGUAUGAUGAUUACGGCAAAGCUGGCAUGA